GUCAAAAAUGUAUUAAUCAAAAUUUCCGUUGCCAAACAAAAUAAGCUAAAGAAUGCCGAAACCAAAAAACCCAUCGAGAUUUGUAAAGUCUCCUGCUCCUUAUCGUGCUCCUAUUGCGGCUCGUAAAACUGCUCCUCUAGAGUCACCGCCAUGCAGGACGAGUCUGCAGGAUCUGCCAGAGGACAUCAUCCGAAUGGUUUUCGAUUACCUGCCCUUACUAUCAGAUAAGGUCCUGCUGGCCUGUGUGGCGCCCAAGUUUCGAUUGGCUUUUGAGGGAUGGGCUAGAUCAAGGCGGAACAUACUGGACGUUGAUAGUCUGGAGACGAUGCCGCUGCCGAAAUUGAUAAGAUUUUUCAAAGUGGCGGGACCUUUUAUACGAGUCCUAAUCGUGGACUGCGCUUCCUUUCAAAAGGAAUCGCUGCUGGUGGAGUUCAUAUCGGAGUAUUGCCCAAAUCUGGAGGAGAUCAAUUACUCCAAUGCCACCGAUGAGUUCCACUAUCGCACCAUCAUGCCCAAGAUGACGCAUCUGAAGCGGGUUACUAUUGACUGCAUGGACGCAGAAGAUGUGCUGAACUUUGAUUUGCAGUCAAACCAGGAAUUGGAAUCUUUUGAGCUAGUCAAUGGAUGCUAUACUGGCAAAAAUCUCUGCGGUUUUCCCAAUCUCAAAACCUUGGUUCUUCGGGACUGCCUAUUGUGGAACUCGGUGGAAUUCGGAAUUCCUCUGAAAUCCUUACAAACUUUGGAUCUGGACGACUGCUGUUUUGAGGUGAUGAACCAGAGUUUGUACCAGAAGAUAGCCGAUAGUUGUACGGAACUAGAGGAGCUCUUCUUCUCCGGUUGCGACACCAACUUCGAGGUUAUCGCCCACCUGCCAAACCUUCAGAAGUGCACCCUGAAAACCUGGAUGACUUCAAAUGAGCUGAACAUCGGAUUCCUUACCGUUCUGGCGGAUAAGAGGGGCAACAAGCUGACCCAUCUGCAUUUAUCCGGACAGUUUCAGAUCAGCAAUGAGCAUGCCCGUUGCUUGGGUCAGUUAUGUAGCCUCAAGGACCUUCGGUUUAGCAACAACGAUGUCCUGGAGGACGAUCACUUCAAGUUCUUCAACGAUCUUAAUCAACUGCAGCGAUUUGGUCUGACUUCGUGCGGUCGGGUUUCGGACGUCGGAAUAAUGAGGAUGGUACGAAAUUGCCUUCAAUUGCAUAUUAUUGAUUUCAACGAUUGCGAGGAGAUCACCGAGGACUUUGUAAUCAACACCAUUGGAUGCUGUUCCAAGGGAACGGGUCGGAAUAUGGUUAUUAAUGUAAAGAAUACUAAGAUCAGGCCUACUAUCUUAACGCAUCCGGAGUAUCUGAAUCCUUUGAACCAUAUAAAGGUCAAUUUUAUAAGCGAGUGAUAUUUGGAGAGAAAAUAUCUAUCAUUGUAUUUGGGAAUUCCAAAAGAGCAAAUUCGUUUUUGUUUUUAUUGAUCAGAAUAUGUAAUUAUUAGAUCGCCCUUAAAAAUAUGAAGAAAAUCUAAUAAAUUGUUUAUGCAAUUUGAUUGAACUUAGAUUGUCUUUAGUUAUCGCUUUUCAGACAAAAAUUUUUUUGAGACAGGUAAAAAAGAUUUAUCCUCUUGGGUAUUUUGAGUGGAAGUACUUUCAAUUGAAUUCCUGCCCAUAACGGAAACACUUGAUGCCCUUGGAACCCAGAAAUCUUAGACAAUGGGAUCCUCACUGGACUGAGUCAUGGCUUGGUCUGCCAUAAGGAAGUGGACGAUCAAUAUUUAUGAUCAUGCUCACAAUGCUCCAUUAGCACGCCGAUAAUUGCGGACAAGCGUGUAUGUUGCUGCACUUUGGGCCUUUGCCUGUAACCUAACAAAUGGAAGCAAACUAACAAAAAACCGAAAUCGAAAUCAAACAAUACGAUAUUCGAUACAGUUCUGAAUCCGCGAUUCAAUUCGAUUCGAGCGAUCGAUCGCUGGCAAUAAAUUUCCCAUUCAAUUGCUGCUCUAUUGGAACUGAACUUUGUUGCUUUUGGCCGAUGAUGUCUGUGUUAGCAGCAGGAAGCUGGCGACCAGUUCAGAUCAGCGACCAGUUGAUUACACUUCAAAAACCUAAUAUAUGAAUCCGUUGUUAACGGAGUAUUCGAAAAUCUAA